GCUAUCUCCCCAGGGCAUUGGUCCCCUUCUGGGGCCCACUAGCCACUUUCGGUUAUUCUUGUAAUUGUCAUGAAUGGCCAUGUGGCCUUUGGCAGGUCACCUGCUCUCUGCUCUCUCUGCAUCUCAGAUCCACUGGGGUCCCCAGUCUGUCCAGUGGGAACCCAGGUGGGGAAGGCAUGAGGACAGCAGGGCACUUACACAGCGGGCACCUCCUGCUGCUCUUUGUCCUCCCUCUAGCACACCCUGACAGAUGAAGGGCCCCAGGUACUCCAGGAGGGAGGGACAGAUGACAUCUCAUUCCCACCGCCCAGCUUGUAGGGAGGAGGGAAGGGAAUCUGCCCGUUUUACGACACAGGAAUCAGUUCCAAAGACUGGGAGGUCUGGAGUCAUCCAGUGAGCCUGUGGACGUUGUGGGACCAGAACCCAGUUUCCAGAUGCUCAGAGAGGUGCCUGGGCCAGGGGCUCUGUCAAGUAAAGGCUUUGGACGCCAAGCUGGGGAGUUGCGAUCAAGUUGAGACCAAGCCCCACUGGGGACCGAGAGAAGUGGCCGGUCCGUGAUGUGGUUUGCAAGAGUGAGGCUGGGGCUUGCAGAGAGGUCAGCCAAGUGGAACAGAGAGGGAGAAGUUAGGGCCAGCUGCCACGUCUGAAACUGAGCACUGAGGGAGGAGAGGGCCCUAGACACUGAGAUGCAGGUGGGGAACGUAAGCUGGUAUGGGGGGUAAGAAGGAGGAAGAGCCAGAGCCUGAGGAAGAGCAGCCCAGGCAGGCAGAACAGCACGUGUAAAGGUCAUGGGGUGGAAAUGGCUUCAAGGGCCCUUGGGAUACGGAAGCGGUCACUGUGGCUGAGCAGUAGGGAGGCCAUGGGGCUGGACAGGCAGGGCCUUGGGGGCAGUGGACAGGGUGAUGGAGAGCCACGGGAGGGUUUCAGCAGACAGUGACGUUGCUGUGCUGCUGUGAGCAGAUUGUAGAGAGUCAGGGGCAGCUGGAGGACCAGGGAGGAGGUGGGAGUGGCCACCCAGUGGUGUCCUGAUCUGGGGAGGCGGAGCUAGAGGGAAGUGGCCAGUUUAGGAAGUUAUGCCGGAGAGAAGUGGACAGUACAGCCAAAAGGGGAGUAAAAAUAAAGAAAAAAAAAAAGAAAAAAAAAAAAACAAAAAAAGAAGAGAUGAAAAAAGAAAAAAAAAGAAGAAGAGAAAAAAAAAGAAGUGGACAGAAGGAUAGGAGCAGGCAGGAAGGAUGGGAUAGGGGUGUGACCCAAGGACCCCCAGUCAUGCUGGGCAGUGGCCACGUGUCUGUGGGCCCGAGGGUGGGUGGUCCAAGAGCCUCAGCGUCUCUGACUGAAGAAAGAGCCCCAGGCAGGUACAGUGGUUCGAGCAGCAGACACUGCGGCGGCGGGUGAAGCGCUCCUUGGCGGUGCCCACGGACCCCUGGUUCUCCAAGCAGUGGUACAUGAACAAGGAGGUGAAGCCGGACCUGAACAUCCUGCAGGUCUGGAGCCAGGGGCUGACCGGCCAGGGCGUCGUGGUCUCUGUGCUGGACGAUGGCAUUGAGAAGGACCACCCAGACCUCUGGGCCAACUACGUGAGACCUCAGGCAGCCCGGGUUAGGGGCUGCCCCAUGUCCUCAGGUUGGCCCCUACCCUGGGGAUGCCUUGUACCCCCUCAUGUCCUUACCCACCCUCAGGACCCCCUGGCCAGCUACGACUUUAAUGACUACGACCCAGACCCCCAGCCCCGCUACACGCCCAGUGAUGAGAACCGGCAUGGGACCCGCUGUGCUGGGGAGGUGGCAGCAAUCGCGAACAAUGGCUUCUGCGGUGCAGGCGUCGCCUUCAACGCCCGGAUCGGAGGUGUGCGCAUGCUGGACGGCACCAUCACCGACGUCAUCGAGGCGCAGUCACUGAGCCUGCAGCCACAGCACAUCCACAUCUACAGCGCCAGCUGGGGCCCUGAGGACGAUGGCCGCACAGUGGAUGGCCCUGGCAUCCUCACCCGCGAGGCCUUCCGGCGUGGUGUGACCAAAGGCCGCGGCGGGCUGGGCACGCUUUUCAUCUGGGCGUCGGGCAAUGGCGGCCUCCACUACGACAACUGCAACUGUGACGGCUACACCAACAGCAUCCACACGCUGUCCGUGGGUAGCACCACACAGCAGGGCCGCGUGCCCUGGUACAGCGAGGCCUGCGCCUCCACUCUCACCACCACCUACAGCAGCGGUGUCGCCACUGACCCCCAGAUCGUCACCACGGACCUGCACCACCAGUGCACGAACAAGCACACAGGCACCUCGGCCUCAGCCCCGCUGGCUGCAGGCAUCAUCGCCCUGGCUCUGGAGGCCAACCCGUUCCUGACAUGGAGGGACAUGCAGCACCUCGUGGUCCGCGCAUCCAGGCCUGCGCAGCUGCAGGCCGAGGACUGGAGGACCAAUGGCGUGGGGCGCCAAGGUGCGACAGGGCCGGGCAGGGGUGGGGGCGCCAGGCCCACAGGGCCAGUGACAGCCAUCCUUCUGCACAGUGAGCCACCACUACGGCUACGGGCUGCUGGACGCCGGGCUGCUGGUGGACAUGGCUCGCACCUGGGUGCCCACGCGGCCCCAGAAGAAAUGCACUGUCAACGUCCUGCACAACCCCACGCCGGCAGGAGGCGCUCACCCCCUCGCUCCCCCAGCCCCAUCCUGCCGCUCAUGCACGUGGGGAACAACGUGUCAGCCUGCGCUGGCAGCCACAACUACAUCCGCUCGCUGGAGCACGUGCAGGUGCAGCUGUCGCUGUCCUACAGCCGCCGUGGGGACCUGGAGAUCUCCCUCACCAGCCCCAUGGGCACCCGCUCCACCCUCGUGGCCAUCAGGCCCCUGGACAUCAGCGGCCAAGGCUAUAACAACUGGAUCUUCAUGUCCACCCACUUCUGGGAUGAGAACCCACAGGGCCUGUGGAUCCUGGGCCUAGAGAACAAGGGCUACUAUUUCAACACGGGUGACCAGCAGCGCGUGUGUGCGGCGGGACACAGAGGGGCUGUGCCAGGAGUGCCACAGCUCCGCCUACCUUCUGGGCCGGCGCUGCGUCGCCUAUUGCCCCCCGAGGUUCUUCAACCAUACGCGGAGGGCCGUGACCGCGGGGCCCGGGCGCCCAGCUGCGCCCGCGCUGAGGGUGUGCGCCAGCUGCCACGCGUCCUGCUACACUUGCCGCGGCGGCUCCGCGCGCGACUGCACAGCCUGCCCGCCGUCCUCCACGCUCGACGGGCGUUGGGGCUCCUGCUCCGAGCCCGCCGACCUCCGCGGCCUCCCCCAGCCCAAUGCCAGCGCCAGCGCCAGCGCCAACGCCAGCGCCUGCUCCAGCCGCCCCCCCCACCCGGCCCCUGCCGUGGUGCCCGUCCUGCUGGCCGUGGCCGUCGGGGGCGCGUCCACGGGCCGGCUGCCGUAGCUGGGGUCCCAGACGCCGGGGUCGCCCCUGUCACCAGCUGCCGGCUGGAACCCGGAGUCUUAGGACUUGGAGCGUGGACCCGCCCUCACCUCGCACCGGUGGGCACUGCGUCCGGCCCCUGCUGGACUGGCCUGGAGGGGCGAGAUCGGCCCCAGAGGGCCCCAGCUGGCCACUGCUGGUGGGGUCAGGUGUAACCUCCAGGUGGAAGGCACAGAGAGGAGUCUCCUACACAUUUUGGGUUUGGGGGAGAGGAGGGAUGGGGCAGAGGCCAGACCAGGACCACCAUCCCUUCCCUGCCUCCGAACCCCAGGGAAACUGGAGGGAGGAAAACAUGAUGCUGUCCAGUCUCGGGCACAGCGUCCAGCCUCAGAGUUUGCAAAUAAAGGUUGAAUACAAGG